GGCCGCGGGCGGCUGAGCCCUGGGGGUGUGUGAGGGCGAGCGGCCGGGGGCGGGGCUUCGGGACCGGCCCGGGCUGGGCCGCGGGGAAGCAAGCGGCGAGAGGCUGAUUGUUCGGCCGCGAGGUCUGCGGGGUUCUAGCUAAGCGGAGCAGCGUGUGGAGUCCGGAACUGCGCGGGCGCGCUCUGCCUGAGGCGCUGGGACAGCUAGGCGCACCGGGCCCUUGGAGCACUGCGGGGGUGGCCGCGUCUUCCAGCCCGGAGUCUGCAGCUGGACGCUUGGAGCCGCGAGGAAUAUGCCUACGGGCGCAGAGCUUCUGCUGUGAGCCGGAGCUCCUUGCUCGCAGCGGCGGCGGCACUUGGUGUGCGCGGGGACUCCGAAGCCCGGCCAGGAGCGUGGCGGGGGAACGAGGAGCGUCAGCCAAGCACCGUUUGCUGGGCUCCGUGGGGUUCGCAGCGAGCACGGACGGGUCGGCCCGGAUGGGCGCGGGGUUCGCGGCCCCCUCCGGGCUGUGCAGAGUAGCCCAGGCACCAGGGGCCCCCUGAGCGCCAGAGUCGCUACCGCAAAGAGAACUUGUGCUGGCAGCUAUGCCCCGGCACUGAGCCUAGUGCGGAGCGGAGCUCCCGCAGGCCCGCCCGUGCCGGCGGUCGCCCCGGACUUCGCAGCCCUAGCACAGGGAUUUCGCUGCGCGCUCCAGACAAGAUGGCGCGGCCGGUCCGCGGAGCGCUCGGGGCCCCGCGCCGCUCGCCUUGUCUUCUCCUCCUCUGGCUGCUGCUGCUGCUUCAGCUGGAGCCCGCAUCGGCCACAGCCGGCCCGCGGGCGCCCUGCGCCGCCGCCUGCACUUGCGCUGGGGACUCUCUGGACUGCGGCGGUCGCGGGUUGGCGGCGCUGCCAGGGGACCUGCCCGCCUGGACGCGGAGUCUAAACCUGAGUUACAACAAACUUUCUGAGAUUGAUCCUGCUGGUUUUGAAGACUUGCCGAAUCUACAAGAAGUGUACCUCAAUAACAAUGAGUUGACAGCCAUACCAUCCCUGGGCAGUGCCUCAUCUCAUAUAGUCUCUCUCUUUUUGCACCUGGAGUACAACAGCCUGGCGGAGGUGAACAGCGGCUCGCUGUACGGCCUCACGGCCCUGCACCAGCUGCACCUUGGCAACAACUCCAUCUCCCGGAUCCACCGCGACGGCUGGAGCUUCUGCCAGAAGCUGCACGAGCUGAUUCUGUCCUUCAAUAACCUGACCCGGCUGGACGAGGAGAGCCUGGCCGACCUGAGUAGCCUGAGCAUCCUGCGCCUCAGCCACAACUCCAUCAGCCACAUUGCGGAAGGCGCCUUCCGGGGACUCAAGAGCCUGCGUGUCUUGGAUCUGGACCACAAUGAGAUUUCGGGCACAAUCGAGGACACCAGUGGCGCUUUCGCAGGGCUGGACAGCCUCAGCAAGCUGACGCUGUUCGGCAACAAGAUCAAGUCCGUGGCCAAGAGAGCGUUCUCAGGGCUGGAAGGCUUGGAGCAUCUGAACCUUGGAGAGAAUGCAAUCAGAUCUGUCCAGUUUGAUGCCUUUGUGAAGAUGAAGAAUCUUAAAGAGCUCCACAUCAGCAGUGACAGCUUCCUGUGCGACUGCCAGCUCAAGUGGCUGCCCCCCUGGCUGCUGGGCAGGACGCUGCAGAGCUUCGUAACGGCCACCUGUGCCCACCCAGAGGCGCUGAAGGGCCAGAGCAUCUUCUCCGUGCCACCGGAGAGUUUUGUGUGCGAUGACUUGCCAAAGCCCCAGAUCAUCACCCAGCCAGAGACCAUCACAGCCGUGGUGGGCAAGGACGUCCGCUUCACCUGCUCGGCCGCCAGCAGCAGCAGCUCCCCGAUGACGUUCGCCUGGAAGAAGGACAACGAGGCGCUGGCCAACGCCGACAUGGAGAACUUUGCCCACGUGCGCGCGCAGGACGGGGAGGUGAUGGAGUAUACCACCGUCCUGCACCUGCGCCGCCUCACCUUCGCGCACGAGGGCCGCUACCAGUGCGUGAUCACCAACCACUUCGGCUCCUCCUACUCGCACAAGGCCAAGCUCACCGUGCACGUGUUCCCUUCCUUCACCAAAAUGCCCCACGACAUCGCCAUCCGGACCGGCACCACGGCCCGCCUCGAAUGUGCCGCCACCGGCCACCCCAACCCCCAGAUCGCCUGGCAGAAGGACGGAGGCACGGACUUCCCCGCCGCUCGCGAGCGCCGCAUGCACGUCAUGCCGGACGACGACGUAUUCUUCAUCACGGACGUGAAGACAGACGACAUGGGGGUCUACAGCUGUACUGCCCAGAACUCGGCUGGCUCCGUGUCGGCCAAUGCCACCCUGACUGUCCUAGAGACCCCGUCCCUGGCGGUGCCGCUGGAGGACCGCGUGGUGUCCGUGGGAGAAACGGUGGUGCUGCAGUGCAAGGCAGCCGGCAGCCCUCCGCCCCGCAUCACCUGGCUCAAGGGGGACCGGCCCCUGAGCCUCACCGAACGCCACCACUUCACACCUGGCAACCAGCUGCUGGUCAUUCAGAACGUGGUGCUGGAAGACGCGGGCCGCUACACCUGCGAGAUGUCCAACGCCCUGGGCACCGAGCGCGCGCACAGCCAGCUGAGCGUCCUGCCCACCCCGGGCUGCAGGAAAGACGGCACCACCGUGGGCAUCUUCACCAUCGCCGUGGUGUGCAGCAUCGUGCUCACCUCCCUCGUCUGGGUGUGCAUCAUCUAUCAGACCAGGAAGAAGAGCGAGGAGUACAGCGUCACGAACACAGAUGAAACCAUCGUGCCCCCAGACGUUCCGAGCUACCUGUCUUCUCAGGGGACGCUUUCGGACCGACAGGAGACUAUGGUCAGGACGGAAGGUGGCCACCAGGCCAACGGGCAUCUGGAGAGCAACGGUGUUUGUCCAAGAGACGCAGGCCUCUUUCCCGAGGUGGAAGCUCACGGUGUUAUCUGCAGGCAGCCCAAGUUCUGCGUCGGGUUCACCAAGGAGCCCUGGAAAGUGGUGGAGAAGGCUGAUGGCCCACCCGGUCCCCAGAAGACAAUGGAGCGCGGCGGCCCACUGGGGCGCACUGACUGCAGCACUGAGGCGCACGCUUCCGCCCAGGAGCCAGCCUGCCGCCGUCAGCCAGGGGACAGCGGGCAGCCGGGAGCCCCGAGCAGCCAGGAGCCCAGCCCGAGCGAGCACCCGCACUCUGCACUGCAUCCGAGCAGGGGGCCCCUCUACCCCAGUAACCACGACAGAACGCGGGCCGCCCUGAAGAGGCCCGCGGCGCCUCUCGAUGGCAAAGGGGCAUCCUCUUGGACUCGAGCACGGCUGUGUGAGCCGGACUCCUUAGACCUCCAGCCUUCAUCUGUGUUAACUGCAGGCAAGCCUGAGCUCGCGGACGCUGCCUCGGACUCCCCUGACGUGCCUGGUGAAGGUCAGCACUUGCUUCUUUCCAACGGACACAUCCCCCAAGCCUGUGACUCUGGUUCCGAGUCCACCCCCCUGACAGGACAGUCCCCCGGGAGACGGAGCACACCACUGCUGUUUGCACCGAAAAGCUAGGCUUUGUCUACCUCGGCUCUCACGGCGUCUGCAGAAGAGAGGUGGGUGAGGCCACGAGGGAGCCUGGCUUCGGGCGUCACUGAUUUGUACAUAGUUCUCACCUCCACGUGGAGCGGCAAGAGUCUGAAAGGACUUGCAUUGGAAGCACAGAAAUGCAAGAGGCUAGCGUGUACAAAAGGUAGAGGAGUAUUUGGUACCCUUGUACAUAAGAGUUCUCAGAGAUGCCAUAUAUAUUAUAUAUAUCUUUUACAGAGGCUAUUUUAAUCUUUAGUGCAUGGUUAACAGAAACAAAAAUCGUACGAUGUUGACAAUAUUAUUUUUCAUACCUGGUUGCUGUUUAAUUUUGGAGGGGGGGGAUAGUUCUGGUGCCUUAAUGCAUGGAUGGAGUUCCUUGAAGCUACAAACCACAUUUGUUCACAGGAGGUUUUGGUGGUGGGUGGAAAGGAGGUGCUCUGGCUUGGUACAGACCCUGGGAUGCUCUACCACCAGAGGCUGCGUCUGCAGUGGAAGCAACUUCCUGUCAUGGUUGCUUGUGUGUGGACAGCGUUGCGGGGACCUCCCCGUAGAGCUCGGAGGGGCAGACGUCACAUUCCUUCACGGUGAAGGUGUUCUCGUAGGUUUCAGUUCUUUCUCUAAGAGGUGGACUAUAGGUUGUUAAUCCACUACAAGCAAUUGGUUCCAACAAUUAGGAGGCCUUUCUUCCUUCUGUGAGAAAGGCAGAUGUGGUCUUGUCAGUAUCAUUCAAUGGUCAUUUGAGGCUUUUUAAUAAGAUAGAGGCUGCUGAUGGUGUUGGUACCUGUGGAUUUUUCAAUAGUGAUGUUGUUGUAGUUCUGCCGAUAUAAUUAAUAUUACAUUGGCCUUAGGGGAGAAAAAAACCCGAGUCCUCUCUUUUCAGGGCUCAUAUGUCUCUACUGAGAAUCCAGAGCAGGCCUGGCCAUGUCCUUCCCUCGCCCAGAUGGCCCUGGGCUUGGACUCUCAGAGAUCAGCCCCUCGUCCUGGGUUUUGGGUAUUUUUGCACUUUUUUUGAGACCUGUUGCUAACCAUCUUGUGAGUGCCAAUGUGUAUUUCAGGAAAAAUUACAUUGAAACAAGGUCCUUAAAAAUCUCAGAAAGCCAAGUUCCUUUAGCCAAAAAGCUGAGGGGGACGUACUGAUGGAAUGGCUACUUACCUAUGUUAAAUCUCACUGUCAGGUGUCACCACUGUUCCAGAAGGUAAGCACAUCUAGAAUUCUGUUCUCAACAGUUAACUGAUUGUUACUUCCACAAAAUAUGUGAAUUUGCUGCUUCUGAGAGGCAAUGUGAAAGAGGAAGUAUUACUUUUAUGUACAAAGUUAUUUAUUUAUAGAAAUUUUGGUACAAUGUACAUUGAAAAACAUGUAAAAUAUUGAAGUGUCUAACAAAUGGCAUUGAAGUGUCUUUAAUAAAGGUUCAUUUAUAACA